AUGUCGCAACGGUUUCCUGCGGCUAAUGUGAAUGCUGGUCCGGGUUCGCAGCGUUAUCCGGCAUCUCCGGGCCAAAACAAUCAGCCACCAGUGAUGCGCCCGUACGGGCCGGGAAGUAAUUUUUCGCCACGAGCAUACACUCCACCGCCACAGAUGGGAGGAGGCGGGGGACCGGCUCAGAACCAACAUCAACGCCCGAUGCAACCCGGUUUCCAAGGCGGAAGUAUGCGGGGUUCCCCAUUGUCCAGUUCUUCCGGAAGCAAACGUAGUUCCGAAAGUCGGGCUGCGAUGAAUCAAGCGCAGCAGAAGAAUGAUUAUUCGGUAAAAAAGAAGAAAAAGCUUGCUGAUAAAAUUCUACCCCAAAAAGUGCGAGAUCUCGUACCCGAGUCGCAGGCCUACAUGGAUUUGUUGGCAUUCGAGCGCAAGCUGGAUGCCACCAUUAUGCGCAAACGUUUGGAUAUUCAGGAAGCAUUAAAGCGUCCGAUGAAGCAGAAGCGUAAGCUGCGUAUCUUCAUCUCCAACACGUUCUAUCCCAGCAAGGACGGAAGUGACGGCGAUGCGAACCCAGACGGUUCCGUAGCAUCGUGGGAGCUGCGCGUUGAGGGUCGCCUGUUGGAGGACAACAAAUCCGAUCCGACCAAGAUAAAGCGUAAAUUUUCCAGCUUCUUUAAAUCGCUCGUCAUCGAGCUGGAUAAGGACCUGUACGGCCCGGACAAUCAUUUGGUCGAGUGGCACCGUACCCACUCCACACAAGAAACGGACGGGUUUCAGGUGAAACGUCCGGGGGAUCGAAAUGUACGCUGCACCAUUCUGCUGCUGCUCGAUUAUCAACCCCUGCAGUUUAAACUUGAUCCACGCCUUGCCCGUCUGCUCGGUGUACAUACACAAACACGCCCGGUCAUUAUUUCUGCGCUGUGGCAGUACAUCAAAACGCACAAGCUGCAGGACGCGCACGAGCGCGAGUACAUUGCGUGUGACAAAUAUUUGGAACAGAUCUUUGGCUGUCCACGCAUGAAGUUUGCUGAGAUUCCGCAACGGCUAAAUCCGUUGCUGCACCCACCGGAUCCAAUCGUUAUCAAUCAUGUGAUCACGGUUGAAGGUGGGCUAGAAAAUAAGCAAACAGCCUGCUACGAUAUCGACGUGGAGGUUGACGACACACUCAAGAAUCAGAUGAAUACGUUCUUGCUUAGCACAGCUAGCCAGCAGGAAAUACAAACACUGGACGGUAAGAUUCACGACACGGUCGAAACGAUCAACCAGUUGAAAACGAAUCGCGAGUUCUUCCUAAGCUUCGCCAAGGAUCCACAAACCUUCAUACAGAAGUGGAUCGUGUCACAAACGCGCGACCUGAAGGCGAUGACCGACAUUGUCGGUAAUCCGGAGGAAGAACGCCGUGCCGAAUUCUAUCACCAGCCGUGGACACAAGAAGCGGUUUCUAGAUACUUCUUCACCAAGGUGAACCAAAAGCGAGCCGAACUGGAACAAGCGCUCGGCAUUCGUAAUUCAUAA